AUGCCUCCGUUCACAACUCUCUUCCGGAGUCCAAUGAAGGAAUAUGCCAUUCAAUGGCUAGCUUUGCUAGGUUUUUUAAUCGGAUACGAUCAGUCGAGUAAGACUUACCCACCUGGUCCUACACCAGAUGAAAGAUGCCAACUCCAAUCUGUUAGUCAAAAGGAGAUCAUGAGCAAUUGGCAAAUUUUCUUGAAUGUGCCGACUUCAAUUGAUGACAUUUGCCAAAAUCGUCUAUCGGCUAAAAAACUUCGCCAGAAAGAGAUGCAACAUAAAAAAAGAACACUCUUAAAAUAUAGAGCCAAAUCCUUAUCACAACUUCUCCGGGCCAGUAAUCUUCCCAACCAGGCAUCUGAUCUUUUGCCACAUCAUGAUUGCUGUUCAGACACAGAUUGGCAGGCUGAAGAGACUUUGUAUCCUUCAAUAGGCAUGGUUCAACCAAUGUCGGACGUGACAUCGGAAGACCUGGAUGAAAUCAAUGCUAUGGAGCAUCAGCUUGUAAAUGACUCUGAUGACAAAGAUGUUUUUGGAGGAUUAGAAGAUGCAGAAGUAAUAGGUGUGGGUUGGGAAAAUGAAGAGAUUGACGAUGAUGAUGACUUGCAAUGA